AUGCAGACCUCCUUCGCCACCAUCAGCCAGCUCAUGGUCGUCCUUCUGGCGGCCGGCACCCUCGCCGCCCCAUUGAGCACCACCGCCGCCGAGGAACCAAAGCUCGAGGCCCGCCGGGAUUCGCGCUGCGCCGACGAGGGAUUCGGCUGCACUCAGCUCUGCUACCCGGGCACCAACAAGUGCGGCUGGGUGGCCAUUCCUCCUCCGCGCCCCAAAGCGGCCAAGCGUGAAGAGGCUGUGCAGAUCGACGAGACCGUCGAGGUCGCCGAGGCCCCCCGGCUCGAAGCCCGCCGGGAUUCGCGCUGCGCCGAUGAGGGAUUCGGAUGCACUCAGCGCUGCUACCCGGGCACCAACAAGUGCGGCUGGGUGGCCAUUCCUCCUCCCCGCGCAAAGACUGCCAAGCGCGACGAGGUCAACGAGACAAUCGAGGUUGCAGAGGCAGAGGCCGACUCCGGGGACGCUGCUCCCAUCGAGGCCCGCCAGACUUGCGACCGUGACCGCGGAUUCGGCUGCAGCUACCGGUGCUACGGCAACCAGUGCACCAUGGUUCCCAACCCGCCGCCCCGCAGCGGUUGA